AUGCCCGAGCCAACAGUAGCUAUUCCAGUGACCUCGGAAGAUCCAAAGAAGAAGAAGCAGAACGAAAAAGAGAGCACGGAUGAGCAGACAGACCCUAAGAAGAAGGGAGAAGAGAAGCAGGGAGAGGAAUUGUCAGAGGAAGAUCUUCAGCUCAAGAAUGAGUUGGAGAUGCUUGUAGAACGUUUGAAGGAAUCCAAUACCAGUCUGUAUCGACCUGCGCUCGAGACAUUGCGAACAUUAAUUAGAACUUCGACAUCGUCUAUGACAUCCGUGCCUAAACCUCUCAAAUUCCUCCAUCAACAUUAUCCUGGUCUGCAGACACUAUAUGAAGCAUGGCCACCUUCGGAUGACAAGAGUCUAUUUGCCGACAUCCUAUCCGUCCUUGCCAUGACUUAUUCCGACUCCGAACCUCGAGGGACCCUCCGCUACCGUUUGCUCUCGGCUUCGCUUAGACCCGAAUCAUCGCCAUUGACUGAUCCUGGCCUAUGGGGACAUGAAUAUGUCCGACACCUCGCCGCUGAGCUCGGAGAAGAGUAUAGCGCACGAACAUUAGGUGAGGAUGUAGAGGUAGAGGAACAGACAGAGGCGAACCUUGAUGGCGAGGACAAAGAGAAAGAGGGCGACCAGAAGGAGGUGAAGAAGAAACCUGCGGUUGUUCCGGGUACCACGGAUGAGCUGCGGUCACUGGCCAUGGAAUGCGCGACCUUUUUGCUGCACCAUAAUGCAGAGCCGGACGCCGUGGAUCUGCUGCAGGAGCUUGAGAUUGUGGACCGAAUAGCGGAGCUUGUUGACGAGAACACAUACGAGCGAGUAUGUCAAUGUGUCAACUUACUUCCUACGCCAGAUGAUCGUGCCUUUCUGAAAGCUGCGCAUAGCAUAUACGGACAGCACAACAAAUUUCCGCAAGCGCUUUCACUGGCAAUACGACUGGGUGACCCGGAGCUCAUUCGCCGUGAUUUCAAUGCCCCUGCGAAUCCCCUCAUGAAACGUCAACUUGCCUUCCUUUUAGCUCGUGCUCAGAUUCCUCGUGAAUGGCUAGAACCCCAGGCGAGCGAGGACGGAGCUGAGGACGGCGAGUCUGAAUUGCCGGAGGAUAUUAUAGACUGCCUAUGCAAUACGCACUUGAGCGAGCACUUCCGUGAAUUUGGAAAGGAACUAGGUGUUUCUGAGGCGAAGAGUUUGGAAGAUGUCUACAAGUCACACCUUGAGAAUACAAGAUCGUCCACAGCCGCAAAUGUAGAUUCAGCGCGAGGUAACUUGGCUGGCACCUUUGUCAACGCUUUCGUCAACGCUGGUUUCGGAAAUGACAAACUUAUGGUUGAGGCGGAGGAGGGCAACAGCUGGAUCUAUAAAAACAAGGAUCACGGUAUGAUGAGUGCCGCGGCCAGUCUAGGACUUAGCUUGCUCUGGGACACAGAUGUUGGUCUGAGUCACGUAGAUAAGUAUACUUACUCUGCAGAAGAACACAUCAAGGCCGGUGCUCUUUUGGCAACAGGUAUACUCAACACGGGCGUUCGGACAGAAGCCGAUGCAGCCCUUGCAUUGCUAGGUGAUUACGUAGAAAACAAGUCUGUUCCCCUCAAGACUAGUGCGAUCACUGGUUUGGGCCUUGCAUAUGCGGGUUCCCAUCGCGAAGAUAUCCUCCAACUACUCUUGCCCCAAGUUUCAGAUGAUGCAGUUUCAAUGGAGAUUGCCUCACUAGCUUCGCUUGCUCUUGGUUUCGUUUUCGUCGGUAGUGGUAACGGAGAAAUUGCGAGCACCAUCUUACAGACACUAAUGGAGAGGGAAGACAAGCAGCUCGAGGAGAAAUGGGCACGGUACAUGAUCCUCGGACUGGCGCUGCUAUACCUAGGCUUGCAGGAUGGUUCGGACGCAACCAUCGAGACAUUGAAAGCUGUAGAGCACCCGAUCUCGAAACAGGCUGUGGUGCUGGUUGACAUGUGUUCAUAUGCUGGCUCGGGCGAAGUAUUGAAGGUUCAGUCGAUGCUGCACCUAUGUGACGAGCAUAUCGUAAAGACGACAAAGGAUCAAAAGGACAAAGACAAAGAUGCGCCCGAGGAGCCUCCUCAAGAUGACACCUUUCAAGCCUUUGCGGUGCUUGGAAUCGCACUGGUAGCGAUGGGCGAAGAAGUCGGCGCGGAGAUGUCGAUGCGAACACUCAAUCAUCUGAUGCACUACGGCGAGCCCGUUAUUCGUAAGACAGUCCCACUUGCGCUAGGUCUUCUCAGCGCCUCAAAUCCCCAGCUUCCUGUUCUGGAUACGCUUUCAAAAUACAGCCACGACAAUGACCUUGCCGUGGCACUGAACGCUAUCUUCGCGAUGGGCCUUGUCGGUGCAGGGACGAACAAUGCACGGUUGGCACAGAUGUUGCGACAGUUGGCAGGCUACUAUUACAAGGAGCCUGACUGCCUAUUCAUGGUGCGGAUAGCGCAAGGGCUGGUGCAUAUGGGCAAGGGCACGAUCACAAUCAACCCAUUCUUCUCGGAUCGGAAUAUCAUGAGUAGAACAGCCGUCGCUGGCCUGCUGGCAACACUGGUCGCGUUUACGGAUGCCAAAGGCUUUGUGCUGGACAAGUAUCACUGGAUGGUGUACUUCCUUGUCACUGCGAUGUACCCAAGGUUCCUAAUUACUCUGGACGAGGAGCUCAAGCCCUUCCCUGUGACUGUACGGGUUGGCCAGGCUGUUGAUGUAGUCGGCCAGGCCGGCAAACCACGAACCAUAUCUGGCUUCCAGACGCACUCAACUCCCGUCCGGAUAGGCACGACGGAGCGGGCAGAGCUGGCAACGGAAGAGUUCAUACCAUUUGCUCACGUCCUAGAAGGUUUCGUAAUUCUCCAUAAAAAUCCUGGGUACGAGAAGGAAGACAAAAUGGAGCUGUAG